AUGCCCACACAUUCUCACCCUGCUCCCGUCCCUGAGGCUCAAUGGAGAUUAUCUAAACUUUCGCCCAAUAAAAAGAUUAAACGUUCGAAUGCCCUCGACCAGUAUAGACUCAAGCUAAAGGAUCUGGAAGACGCGGGCCUCGAGUUCGAAAGGACGAGGAACGAUCAAGGCGGCUGGAUAUACACCUAUCGCGAGAUUUCUGUAGAGCGUGUGGCCUGGCGCAAACACGGUGGCCCCCAAGGGUGGGAAGCGUACCUCACGAAACUUCGGAACCGUUGGAACUCUAAUCCCAAGAAUGUCAACAAACAUUUCCUUGAACCCACCGUACCUACUCCACGCAAACACGCUAACCCUUGGGAACGUACCAAAGGGCUGGCUGCUCUGAAGCCUCGUUUUACUCCCUGGCUAUGGAAGGCUUGUAACGAGCACGUCGAUAGCAUAGACACCGGCGACUAUUUUCCUCGCUUUACCUCAAAGCAGCGAGAGAUAUGCCUGCAAUUCGCUCUGAAAGAACUGCACGGGUAUCCCUCUCGUCCUGCAGAGCCCUUACCUUCGUCACCUACGGCUGACAAUCUUCGCCGUGUACUUGGCGAUGCGGUGACUAUGGACACGUACGUGGAGGCCUGCACGGAUGGAGCGAAGAUUGAAGGUAUGGUGUCGGAUGAGGGCUGGGAUGGUAAUACGACCUGUCAGUGGUCAGAGAAGUUUAUAGAUCGGUUGUUCGAGGCACUAGUAGCCGUCAUCGAGGCGCACGGAGUGGGUGUUGACGGAUGGGAAAGUGCACGAUGGGAGGUCUAUGAUAGGUAUGCAGAAUGCUUUGGGAGCGUUUCGUAUUCGCGCGGCACGCAAGACAAUGGCCACAUUCCUACAUGGAAGGAUAACGCGCAGGAGUGGUUACUUGGAAAGCUACCGCCCAACGAAUGGCGGCGUGCGAGGCACGACAAGACGCCCCUAGGGAAGAAGUACAACGACUUGCUUCCUAGUCCUUGA